AUGUUUCAAAGUGAUGUCAUCUUUGGCAUUUUGCUCAUAACUGAAUGUUUCAUUGGGCUUGUGGGGAACUCCCUGCUCUUCAUAUUAUAUAUGUACAUCUUUUUAUUCCAACCUUAUCUGAAGAAGCCCAUAGAUGCUAUUUUCUUACACUUCACAGUGUACAAUUUUUUGACCAUCAUGUUCAAAUUGAUACCAGACAUCACAUUAUUCUUUGGAGUAAGUAACUUUUUGGAUGAUAUUGGUUGUAAAGCUGUUUGGUUCAUAUACAGAGUAACCUGGGGUCUUUCGCUCUGCACUACUUUGUUUUUGAGUGCAUUUCAAGUCAUCACUGUCAGUCCUAGCAAUUCUAAGUGGGCCUUUCAUGGAAAUUGUAGAAGAGAGCAGCAAUUCCACUAUGGUUGGUCUGGAUAUUCUGGAGGAUACUGUAAAACUACUGGUUUUCAUCAACUUUCACAUGUAUUUUUAAGUGUCAUGAUUAUUCGUGAUGUACUCUUCGUGGUUCUUAUGAGGACCAGCCUCUACAUGGUGCAUCUCCUCCACAGACACCACAGGAGAGUCCUGCAUGUCCACAGUGUCAGCCUCUCUUCACAGCCAUCUCCUGAAAGUAAAGCCACCCACAUAGUCCUUUUGCUUGUGAGUUGGUUUGUGUUGUUUUUAUGGCUCAAACAACCUCAUUACGUUUUACAUGUUGUCUACACCUGA